UUUGCAGUGGCUUCCUCCUAGCCUACGUCGUGUGCAAGCAAAAGAGGACGGGCGUCAUUUUGUUCCUGUUUGCUACAGUCAGGAGAUUUAUCAGAACCAUGGUCCCGGUAUUCUUUCUCAUCAUGUGCAUCUACCUUCUGCCACUCAUUACGUCCGGACCGGAUGCGAUAACCUAUUUCAACAAGGUGUACUCUGAAUUCAACAGGCAGUGGCUCAAUGUGCUGCUACAAGUGCAGAACUAUGACUUCGAUAUCAACGCCAACGCUCCUGUCCUUGGCCAUCUGUGGUACCUGUCACUGGAUUUCCAAUACUUCCUUGUGAGCUUACCAGUGCUCCUCAUUUUCAAGAGCCGCCAAAGGCUUGCUGUGGCUGUCUUUGUGGCGCUAUCACUCAUAAGCUGCUCCGUGGCAACGUGGCAAGUGGCUGGCAGCGAUAUGACACCAUUCAUCGUACCAGUGACCGAGUCGUUAACAACUUUAUUGAAGACCAUCUACCACUACUACUUUUGGCCCUUCUACCACGCUGUGUGCUACUUCGCAGGCUGCAUCACGUUUUUCUUCGUAGCUGAGCUGAAGCACAAUAAGAUUUCUAAGGUUUUGCAGACUGCGGCCUGGUGCGUCGCCCUUGCCUGCGGAUUGUGCUGCAUCUUCAUGAAGGUGCCUUGGUACCAAACCAAGAUGCCCGCCACCAAUUCCGGAAAGUUAUCCAUGGCGUUCUUCGACCGCAUAUUGUGGUCAUUGUUCAUGUCGUGGAUCACAUUCGCCUGCGCCACGAGGAGGGGAGGUUUUCUGAACACAUUCCUUUCGUGGAGCGCCUUCACGCCUCUCAGCAGACUGACCUUCGGCGUGUACAUCAUCCAUCUGCCCUUCAUGCAACUCUGGCUGCACAUCUCUCGAGAGCGGGUGUACUACACCCAUUUCUUCGUGGUGUCCUUUUUCUUCAAUAUUCUCGUUUGGAGCUACCUCCUGAGUUACCUGCUGUUCAUAUUUUGCGAGGCACCCACAGGCAGACUGGACAAGCUCAUCUUCGAGCCUCGGCGGGUUCAGGCGGAUAAGGAAGAAGCAAGUGAUCUGCCGAAGGCCAACGGAGCGCAGGACAAACUGUCAAGUGUCAUCACAAGUAUCGCAGAUGCCAAAUUCGCAUUGCCAGUACAAAAUUGCAAUAGUGAGAGUACACUUGAUGGGAAAUUUCAUUAUAAAAACGGCAGUAUGAGCUGUCAGUUAUAGCUCAA